ACUGUAUUUGUAACAAUAAAUGGAUUUAAAUGAGUAAUAUUUACAGUGAGUGCUUUUCUAAUAUCAUGAACCAGCCCACCUUUUCAAUAGAAUAGUUUCAGGUACACAGAUCUACUAGCAAAGGAAAUGUUACUCCAAAAGAGUGGUGCUGCUACAUUCCUGAAAACGCAAAAAGGCAUUCUAUUUGAAUGAUUUCUAUUACUUCAUUCUUCUGAUAAAGACUAAAUGGUGCAAUGUGACUAAAAGAUCUUUUCCUUUACUUGGGUUUUCCUCAACCAUGGAUGUCGAUCUCUUUGUAACAUUAGUAAGAAAAAUGCUACACUGUAAAUUUAUUGGAGAUUUUAAAUCCCUUCUUUUGGGGUAUGGGCUUAUGUAGGAUUCAUCAUUCACACUCAUGCGCACAGAACUCAAUAGUUGUGGAAGUUAUGCUAACUUCUUAUUUCAUUGUACCUUCCUUUUUUCUCAGGAGUAUGCCAAUAUAAUCUAUCUUUGCCCUGACAAUGACUAAUCAGGAAAAUGAGGGCAAGUGACAACACUGGAUAUGAAUAUGGUUCAUUCUUUCAGUGGCCAAAUAUGGCAAUACAGUAGAGUCUCGCUUAUCCAACAUAAACUAGCUGGCAGAACGGUGGAUAAGCGAAAAUGUUGGAUAAUAAGGAUGGAUUAAGGAAGAGCUUAUUAAAUGUCAAAUUAUGUUAUGAUUUUACAAAGUACCAAAACAUCAUGUUUUACAACAAGUUGUCAAAAAAGCAGUUCAAUACACAGUAAUGUUAUGUAGUAAUUACAAUAUUUAUGAAUUUAGCACCAAAACAUCGCAAUGUACUGAAACAGCUGUGGAUCCGGGUGGGAGACAGACAACACUGGAUAAUGCAGGAUGUUGGAUGAGCAAAUGUUUGAUAAGUGAGACUCUGCUAUAUUUGUAUUAAUACUCCCAGCCAAUUUUCAUUUGACAGAAAAGAUCAUUUCAGUCCUGCAUAUACCAUGGAAGUUUAUUUGAUUGUACCUCUGGGCCUACUUCUCUUAAAAGUGUAGUGUACAAAUAUUCCUUUGUCAAGCCUGAACUUGUGUAUAUAAAGGAAAUAAUGUAAAGUUAUAUUUUCAUGUUUUUAUACUUACCAACAUGAUGAGAAUACAUAAUGUAUGGGUAUUUCAACGACCAAUAAUGUCAAUUGGGUAAAUACACAUCUCAUUUUUAAAACAAGAUAAUCAUAAUUUAUUAUCCAUGUUACAGUACACUGGUAUAUUGCUAUAUAGAAUAUUCUGUGUGCAUUCAAGUGGAAAAAAAUAGUGACGAAAGAUGACAGCUGUCAAAGGGUUUUUAAACAUCCAUUUUAUAAAAAACUGUUAUGGAACAACCAAAA